CAUGUUGCCAUUCCUGCAAGUACUGAACAAGUAUGGGAUUUGACUAUUAUCCUCCUAAAUAAAUGAAUUACUCAGUCUUCUGGGACCAUCUAUACAUACGUCAUCUUCACAAAAGCUAUCAAUAUUGUAUCACCAAGAAGAUAGUGACCGGCUUUCCUCCAAUAUGCAUGAACUUUUUGGACAAUGCACUUGGGGCACUGACACUUAUUUCCAUGAAGACAAACUCUGUGGUUCCAUGGCAUUUAUCAUUCGACACAUGCAAGUGCUUUCCUAAUCCAUCAGAUCUUUCGGAACUCACUAGCAGUGACUGUGGAAUCCUCAAGGGCCCGUUACAUUUUUGAAGAAGGAAGCUAAGAUGAAGGACACACCACUCCAAAUCCAUGUGCUGCUUGGCCUAGCCUUCACGACGUUAGUACAAGCUGUUGAUAAAAGAGUGGAUUGCCCACAGUUAUGUACGUGUGAAAUCAGACCUUGGUUUACACCCAGGUCCCUUUACAUGGAGGCCUCGACCGUGGAUUGUAAUGACUUAGGUCUUUUAAAAUUCCCAGCCAAAUUGCCUGCUGACACACAGAUUCUCCUCCUACAGACUAACAAUAUUGCAAAAAUUGAAUAUUCCAUAGACUUUCCGGUAAACCUUACUGGUCUGGACUUAUCGCAAAACAAUUUUUCCUCAGUCACUCAUAUUAACGUAAAAAAGAUGCCACAGCUUCUUUCCGUGUACCUAGAAGAGAACAAGCUGACGGAGCUGCCUGAAAAAUGUCUGUCUGGGUUGAGCAAUUUACAAGAGCUCUAUAUUAAUCACAACCUGCUUUCUACCAUUUCACCUGGAGCUUUUAUUGGCCUCCAUAAUCUUCUUCGACUUCAUCUCAAUUCAAAUAGAUUGCAGAUGAUCAGCAGCGAGUGGUUCGACGCACUGCCCAAUUUGGAGAUCCUGAUGAUUGGGGACAAUCCAAUCAUCCGAAUCAAAGACAUGAACUUUAAGCCGCUUAUCAACCUUCGCAGCCUGGUGAUAGCUGGCAUCAACCUUACGGAAAUACCAGAUAAUGCCUUGGUGGGGCUGGAAAACUUGGAGAGCAUCUCUUUUUACGACAACCGGCUUAUGAAAGUACCCCAUGUUGCGCUUCAAAAAGUUAUCAACCUCAAAUUUCUGGAUCUAAAUAAAAAUCCCAUCCACAGGAUACGGAGAGGUGAUUUCAGCAAUAUGCUCCAUUUGAAGGAACUAGGGAUAAAUAACAUGCCUGACCUGAUUUCCAUCGACAGCCUGGCAGUGGAUAACCUGCCCGAUUUAAGGAAAAUCGAGGCCACUAACAACCCCAGAUUGUCUUACAUCCAUCCAAAUGCAUUUUUCAGACUGCCCAAGCUCGAGUCUCUCAUGCUUAACAGCAACGCCCUCAGUGCCCUGUACCAGGGGACCGUCGAGUCUCUGCCCAACCUCAAGGAAAUCAGCAUCCAUGGCAAUCCCAUCCGCUGUGACUGUGUCAUACGCUGGAUUAACAUGAACAAAACCAACAUUCGGUUCAUGGAGCCGGACUCCCUGUUCUGUGUGGACCCCCCUGAGUUCCAGGGUCAGAAUGUUCGACAAGUGCAUUUCCGGGAAAUGAUGGAAAUCUGCCUCCCUCUCAUAGCUCCCGAGAGCUUCCCCCCCACGAUGGAUCUAGAAGCUGGGAGCUACAUCUCCUUACACUGCAGGGCCACGGCAGAGCCCCAGCCUGAAAUCUACUGGAUCACACCGUCUGGCCAAAAACUCCUGCCUAACACUCUGACAGAUAAGUUUUAUGUCCAUGCUGAAGGCACUUUAGAGAUAAGCGGGAUCACCUCCAAAGAGGGGGGAUUAUACACUUGUAUAGCAACCAAUCUGGUUGGUGCUGACUUGAAGUCUAUAAUGAUCAAAGUGGAUGGUUCUUUCCCCCAGGAUAAAAAUGGGUCUUUGAACAUUAAAAUAAAAGACGUUCAGGCCAAUUCUGUUCUGGUGGCUUGGAAAGCAAGUUCUAAAAUUCUCAAAUCCAGUGUGAAGUGGACAGCCUUUGUCAAGUCUGAAAACUCUCAUGCUGCCCAAAGUGCUCGGAUCCCAUCUGAUGUCAAGCUGUAUAAUCUUACUCGUCUGAAUCCAUCAACUGAGUACAGAAUUUGCAUUGACAUUCCAACCAUCUACCAGAAAAGCAGGAAACAAUGUGUCAACGUCACCACCAGAGGUUUGGACCUCGAAAACAAGAAGUCAGAGAAGAGCACCACUGCAGCAUUCAUCGCCUGCCUGUGUGGCUUCCUGGGGAUUAUUGGUGUGAUAUGUCUUGUCAACUGGGCCAUUCAAGAUAUCAGUAGUGAGGAUGGAAGUAUCUAUAUGACAAAUUAUUUACAGAAACCAACCUUGGCAUUCAGCGAGUUCUACCCUCCUCUAAUCAACCUCUGGGAUGCAGGCAAAGAAAAAACUUCCGCACUGGAAGUAAAAGCAACUGUUAUAGGCGUGCCAACAAAUCUAUCCUAA